AUGAACUUGCAGGUAGUUAGGUAUAUUGGGUUCCUAGCAAUCACGCUACUGUUGGCAGAGAAAAUCAGUAGCGCCGAAGGCGGUGACGCUCAUUCAUUCCAGCACUUUCACGGACCAGUCGCUGGCGAUGACAAAGAGGUAAACUGGGUGGACACACGAGGCCAACAUCACCAGGACUAUGCUGCACCAGCGCACUACGAAUUCGCCUACGGCGUCGAGGACGGCCACACUGGCGACUACCACGGUCAAAAGGAACACCGAGACGGAAAGGCAGUGGCAGGUGAAUACACGGUGAGAGAGCCAGAUGGCAACAUCAGAACAGUCAAAUAUCACGCGGACGAGGAUGGCUUCCACGCGACUGUGCACAAUAGCCGCGGAAACGAUCAUGAUGGAGACAGUGCCAGUUACGGCGAUGAGUAGUAAGCUCCGAGGCCAGAACGUCACUCGAUUCUAUCGUUUUUUAUUCUCUCUAUCCUACCUUUAUAUUCUCUCGGUAUCUUUCCGUUGUACCUUUGCCACUACCAAAGAUAAAUCGAUACUUGCUCAACAGUGCACUUCGUAUACAUUACAGAAUCGUACAUACAGUGCUUUCUACAUUAUAUCUUCACCAUCUCUUUGUGCCUCUCUGACGAUAUAUUAUAACCUAGCGAGAUGCGUCGUAUAAUGUACAGAAUAUUAAAUCCGA